UUCCUCCAACUCCUCUCAAGACUCACACAGUUAUGAGACAAAUAGAAUGUUUACAAAAUCAUCUUUACGUGAACCAUCAGAUUUUUCUCACCUGUACAACACAUCUGGAGCGUCACAGCCCAGACAGCCAAACCAGGCUUCCAAGAAAGAUGCCCCACCAGUGGAAAAGCAACGAGCUACUGUACCACGUAAUAUCACCCCACCUAGUCCUUCCACCUUUGAGAAUAGACCCCAGGCUCAGCUAACCCACAGACUGCAUUGCUCAAGUCUAAACAGAACUGGUGUUGAUUCCAGGUCAUCUUCCCCUCCUCACUCCCCUCUUAGGACACCCCAGGGCUCUCCACGUAGACAUCCCUCCAUGUUCCUUCCUUCUAGGAGUGUCUCUGGAGUUGUCAGGCACACACAGUCAGGAUACAACCCUGUUUUACAGAUGUCAGCUCAGGGCUAUGGCAACAGUUGCUUGAGAGCACUGGUCAAAACUAAUAUAAGCACAACUGGAAUCCCCAAAGCGCCUCUUAAUAGCCAGCAGAGCUCCCCAAGCUCUAAUCACAACUCCAGUCCCAAAGAAAGCUCCCCUUCUCCUAAGCAUGCCCCAAAACCGAAAGGAGUUCGCCCAAAAAUCAUUACGUAUGUCAGAAAGAAUCCUCUGUUUAAGCCCCAGGUGGUUGAUGGGUCUUAUCAGGUAUCCUCUCUACCAUCAAAGCUCCCAGCUUACAGCCCCAGCUCUCUCAAAGAGACCACUAAGGACCCUCUCAAGCCUGAGGUAGAAACACGAGGAGCCCCAGUAAUCAGUGCCUCCAAUCUACUUUAUGACAAGUACCGCCAAGAGAUGCAGGCAAACAUCUUCCCAUCAGGAAUGAUAAGCAGGAGCAUCAGGCCCCCUGGGCACACAAAUACCAUCCCCCCUGCACAUACACACAGCCACCCGGGGACCCUGAAACUGGGUGGCAAAGCAGACAACUUCUGUGCGACACCAUCAGAGAAUGGAAGAUCUACCAGUUUUAAAGGCGGUUCCUCUGAUGACCAGCUGCAGCCCAGAACAGCAGACCAUGCUGGAGGGAGUGGCAGUCUGCUGCGGUCUGGAAGGGGUCUACGUCUUGGCCUGGGAGCCGUUACCAGGACAACCACUGGCUCAGCCAAGAUUCGAGGGUCUGGUCAAGGUCAGAAGUCAACGCUGGUGUUCAGUCAGCCUGUGCAGCCUGUCAGUCCAGCGAUGGGUCAAAGCAGCAGAGAAAACACAGGUAAUAUUGUCAUCGAAAAAUCUGCCAUGUGAAGAAAGAUAUCAGGU